AGUUCGUAAUUCUUUACAUUCAAUUUGUAAACAAACCGGACAGUGAUAUUUUGUGGAGUGUUUAAAUCUUAAUUAUGGAGAUAACGAAAGGUGAUAGAAUUCCUUCGUUAAUUGGAAUUGAAUAUCCAGGACGAGUAGAAAAUGUUGACAAGAUGAUAGAAACUCUAGGCGGUUCACAGGAUCUUUCAAGAGCAUUUUCAGAAAAUCAAAAGUUACAAUUAAAGUUUCAUCCAACAAGUUAUUAUAAUAAAGCUAUAAUAUCCAAUGAGCCAACAACUGGAAAUGAUUCUUCUGGUAUCCUGCUUAAAAUGAAAAUCAGAAGACCAAAGAAACCAACAAAAGAUUCAAAGACAGAGUUUAUAUCCGCAGAAUUGGUUGGAACUGUAUCUACACUGUAUAAAUUCAAUAAUGUUGCUGAUUUUCAAUAUCUACCGAUACAGAAGAAUGAAACGACUAAAAAGACUGAAUGCAUUUAUAAUGAUAUUGUUCCUGAUGACAUUACUUGCGGUCCUCAAUGGUUUAGGGAGAAAACAGACAUGCCAUUGUUCCUGCCACCAGUACAAUUCACAAGAACAGAUCAAAUUCAACCGACAGUACUCAGAAACGAGCAAAAGAAUCUCGUAGAUGAAGAUGAUGACGAAAAAAUCAUAAGAUUUUCAUCAAGAUCAACAAGAAGCACUAAUGGGACAACAGUAAUCUUUGAAAUGAAUCAUCCAGUGCCAAUGAAACCCAAAGAAGCUGUAAAAGAAUUCGCAACAGAUAAUAAUGCUCUUGCACAAAAAGAAUUUGAUUCUAUUGUUGAAUUAUUCGAGCAGCGUCCAAUUUGGACACUAUCAGCUAUUCGAGCACAUAUUCGUGAGCCACCUAAGAGAAUUAGUAAGAUUCUAGCUUGUGUAGCUUUCUACUAUACAACUGGACCUUGGAGAAAUUGUUUUGUUAAAUUUGGCUACGAUCCACGAAAGAAUUUUGAAAGUCGAUUUUAUCAAAUGAUUGAUUAUCGAGUACGGCAAGGUGCUGGAUUUAAAGGAGAACUGAAACGUAAAAGUACAUCAGCAAUAAGCAAGAGAGUCAAAGUACAUCAAAAGUUUGAUGGUGGAUUAGAAGAAGAUGAAAUAGACACAAAUUAUCAGUUGCGACAAAAGGAAGCAAUCUUCACAGUCGAUACAAUCCCGCCAUUCCGUGCAAGGAACUACCAAUUAAUUGACAUUCAAAUUCCGAAAAUUCAAGAAAUGCUCAAAAAUAUUCCAAGUCCAAUAACUGGAGCUGAAUGUGAUGAAAAACGUGGUUGGUUUCCGCAAGGCUUUCUAGAGGAUGUACGGACGAUUUUAUCGAAUGCAGCACAAAGUAACAUGAUGAAAUUAUGUAAGGAAAAGAAUAUAAGCUUGGAUGAAUUUAAAGUUGAGGAUGAAGACAGUAUUACAAAUCAGGAUAUUGACGAGGAUACAGCGAGUAGUGAAAGUAAUGCGGAUACGAGUGAUGAGGAUGCUGAAAGUGAUUAAAUCGAACGGCUU